GGACACAGUCAAUCGCGAGUUACGGUUUUACUAAUGCGACGAAAGAAGCGCGUUGUUACUUGAUAAUUAUAGGCUGCUUCAUGAAAAGCUCGUCGUUCGAAAAGCGAUAACCUACAACGGGAUUUUUACUGUACGGAACGGCACGGCAAUUGGAAAACAAAAAAUGUCAAUAUUACUGUGUCUGGCUUUAUCGCGGAGGUUCUUGGCUUCGGAAUCUAUGCGAGUGAAUUAAACGACGAGCGUACCGCCCAUUUCCGUCCGUUAGACAAGAUAAAUCUCGAGGGCCGUGCAAGGUGAAAACAAAAGAAGCAACAUAAAUUGUACUGAAAGCGAAUAACUGAGUUUCUGAAGAGAUGACUCAGUUGGAGUUGGAUCCUCAAUUCACGCAGGGAUUGCGACUCCUGUACUCCACCAACAAGGACUCUGCAGAGCAGCUGCGAGCUCUAUUAGAUGAGGCGAUUAAACAGAAGUAUGGACCAUCCAAAAUGCUCUCCAAUGUGCUGCACAAGAAGUACAUGAUGGAAGAACCAGUGUUGAGCGAUCACAGUAGUAGUAGCAGUAAGAAGAGUAAGAGUUCCAGCUCGUCUAAGCAUUCAAGUAAAUCAAGCAAGAACAGUUCCCCAGUUAAUUUGCCAGCGCGUGACACUCCACCAGACAUCCUGCAAUCGGACGAUACGCUGGCGCUGGAAAUUCUAGAGGAUGAUCUUACAUGUGUCAUUUGCAAGGGAAUGGACGUCGGGGCGAGAAAUAGGCUCGUGGAAUGUCAAGAAUGUCAUUCUUUGUAUCAUCAAGAGUGCCAUGUUCCACAUAUCUUAGACUCGCAGAUAGAUAACGUUCCGAAACAAGUGUGGUACUGUUCUAACUGUUCAAAGUCUCAGGUCUCGAAAGAAAGGAGUUCACCAAAGACUGUAACAGAAAGCAAAUCUAAAGAGCAGAAAAAACCGAGCUCAAGUAGUGGAGCUAAGAUGACACCAAAUAUUCAUAUUAUCAGCGCAGAUAGAAGACUGAAAGAUAUGAUGAAGAAAGCUAAGCAGGACAAACGUAAUACAAGUACUGCCACGAGUUCAAAGAGCUCUUCAUCCAAUUCCCCUGCAUUAUCCUCGGCCAAAUCUUCUCAGGAUAAAUCAGGAUUAUUAUAUAAAAUAAAAUCAGGGGUAGAAUAAACUGUUUAACUUGUUAAAAAAAAAGAUAGCAAACCAAUAAGAUCGUAUAUAAGUAA